AUGCCGCCUGUGGGAGCUCUGAGGCUGGCUGUGCUUUCCUCGCUGCUCUCCGUCUCUCUGCUCUUCCCGGAGGAGUCGCCUCUGCUGAAGCCCAAAGUCCUGAUCGCCAUCCUGGCCAGGAACGCGGCGCACAGCCUGCCGCACUACCUGGGCUGCAUCGAGAGGCUGGACUACCCCAAGGAGAGAAUCGCCAUAUGGGCGGCGACAGACCAUAACAUGGACAAUACAACAGCCAUGCUGAGAGAGUGGCUGAAAGCAGCUCAGAGCAGAUACCACUAUGUGGAGUGGAGGCCUAUGGAGGAGCCUCGGUCAUACACAGAUGAAUGGGGGCCGAAGCACUGGCCUCCGUCCAGGUUCAACCACCUGAUGAAGCUCAGACAGGCAGCUUUGAAGGCAGCACGCGAGCGCUGGGCUGACUACAUACUGUUUGCAGACAGUGAUAACCUCUUAACUAACCCACGGGUGUUGGAUCUGAUGAUGGCGGAGAACCUGACCCUCGUGGCUCCCAUGCUAGAAUCACGUUCUCUCUACUCCAACUUCUGGUGUGGAAUCACUCCUCAGGGCUACUAUAAGCGUACUCCCGAUUAUCAGCCCAUCCGCGAGUGGAAGCGUUUGGGUUGUUUUGCUGUUCCAAUGGUUCAUUCUACCUUCCUGCUGGAUCUGAGACGCUCCUCCUCCAUAUCACUCGCCUUCUACCCCCCCCACCCGGACUACAGCUGGGCCUUCGACGACAUCAUGGUGUUCGCCUUCUCCGCCCGCCAAGCAGAUGUUCAGAUGCAUGUGUGUAACAGGGAGCACUAUGGCUUCUUGCCCAUUCCUCUGAAGGCCCAUCAGAGUGUAGAAGAUGAAGAGGAGAGUUUCACUCACACUGUCACCGAGGCACUCAUUGACCACAGCAUUAAACCUUCAGAGUUGCUGUUUGUCCCUCCAAAGCUUCAGGACACAAUGGGCUUUAAUGAGAUCUUUCUGAUUAAUCUGAAAAGGAGAACGGACCGGAGGGAGAGGAUGUUGAAUACAUUGGAAGCAUUAGGGCUGGAGGUCACGGUCACUGAGGCUGUGGACGGCAAGGCUUUGAACUCGUCCCAGCUGAAGGCUCUGGGUAUUGAGAUGAUGCCGGACUAUAAGGACCCAUACUCUGGCCGAGUUCUGACCCGAGGAGAGAUCGGCUGCUUCCUCAGCCACCAUGCGACGUGGAUAGAGGUGGUGGAGAGGCAUCUACAGCGUGUGCUGGUUUUGGAGGAUGAUGUCAGAUUCGAGCCCCGGUUCAAGAGAAGAAUGCAGACCAUCAUGGAGGACGUGGAGAAAGCUCAGCUCGACUGGGACCUCAUUUAUGUGGGCCGUAAGCGGAUGCAGGUGGCCCAGCCAGAGGUAUCAGUGGAGGGUGUGGACAACCUGGUGGAAGCUGAUUACUCCUACUGGACUCUGGGUUACGCUCUGUCCUUGCAGGGGGCGCGCAAGCUGCUAUCCGCACAACCCUUUGGCAAGAUGCUGCCUGUGGACGAGUUUCUACCCAUCAUGUUCAACAAACAUCCCAACACUGCGUACAUGUCACACUUUGAGCCGAGGGAUCUGCGGGCAUUCUCUGUGGAGCCGCUGCUGGUUUACCCGACACACUACACGGGUGAGCCGGGCUACUUCAGCGACACUGAAACCUCCACCAUCUGGGACGACGAAUCCAUCAGUACAGACUGGGACCGGAAACACCCCCCGAAAACUGCCCAGCAGGGCCGGAUACGCCCCAUCGCCCAGAACAGUGUAACAGGGGACACGCCGCCACCGGCAGUCCGGGCAUCAAGAGACGAACUGUGACAUGAGUGGAGGGAAAGACUUAACACACACACACACACACACACACUCACACACACACACACACACACACACACACAUACACACACACUCACACACACACUCACACACACACUCACAUACACUACGGUUUAAAAGUUUGGAAUCACUGUUCUUAAUAAUAUAAAACCAAUUUGGUUGCAGGUAAAUGUGUAGAGUUAUUCUAAUACCGAAUCUCUGUGCAACUUCACAGGCUUCCCUUAAGAAAUGUCAUGGCAUUGAUGUUCAUUUUAACUCGGGCUCAUAGUGAGUGGUAAACAUUCCGGACAUAUAGAGUAGUUGCAGUGUAUGUCGCUGCUGUUGGGACAAAACCUCGUAUCUCCAUUUUUGUCAUUUUUCAGUUUUUGAUAUAAUUUGAAAACACCUGUUGUCCUUUACAUUGUUUGUAAAUUUCAUGAUAAGUGGACCAAAAGAAAUGUCCCAAAAUGAAAAAAAAACUCUUACAUUAAAAGUAAAGUAUGUUCUUUCAUCCUCCUAUAAAAUUAGAAUUUGGGAGAUACAAGGUUUUCUUCUGACAGCAGUGAUAUACAGUGGUGCCACAUCAUAGUGCCCAGCCCCUCAGCUAAAACAGUCUGGGUUUAGCAGUUUUUCACUGAUUUUCUAAGUGAAACGAAGUGAACACAUAGUCUACAGAGAACACACUCAGGCCUUAUGGCAUUGUUCUGCACAUUCUAGUCCAUAAUUUCUAUUUUUUAUUUUUCUAUUUUUUCUAUUUUUCUAUUUUUUAUUUUUUUUUAUUGGAAAAAAUAACAAAUAAGUUGUGAUGCGCAUUCAAACGUGCAGUAGCUUGUUCUCUGUAGAGGAUGAUGUGUUCACUUAUUUUCACAUAGGAAAUCAACAAAAACGUCAUUUGAACAGGGGUGUGCAGAUUUUUGCAUACAAAUCAGGUGCAUGUUAACACCUGACCCCAAGUGUGCGGUUUUACAGCGGCUUCAAACGUUCCCCAGCCAUUUCGAUUUUAGAACCAGACCAAUCUGUUUUAGAACUUUAUAAUUAUGAUUUGAUGCGUCUUGUUCUUUAUUGUAGGCCAGCUGCUAAAAUGUGCAUCCCUGGUAAUGAUGAAAUCUUGAGGCAGAUAACCCAUCAAGGAGUUAUUGUAAAUUAAUAAUUACAGUGGAUUAUUUAUCAUUUGUCUUUUUUUGUAUUUGUCAUGUAUGACACUUCAUGUCCCCAAAAAUAAAUAUAGCAUUUAUUCCAUAAAACAUCUAAAAAAAAAAACUUUACAUUGAAAAGUUUUUAUAUAUAGCCAAAAUGAUUAAUAUGACAAGUGAUUCCAAACUUUUGAACAGUAUUGCGGUACCAGCAGUAGCCAGAGAUCAUCAGACCCAGUCAACUCUUACACUGUCUGUCACUGCAAAGUCAGCAGCCUCUAUCAAUCGCUGGUUUUCAGCCAAUAGCAUUACAGCAGGCUGAGAUGCUCGAAUACCAUUGGCUGUUUGGAAGAGGAUGAAAAAAUGUGAGAUGAAUGCUCACGUUUUAUGGCAAAUUUAUUUAUUUGACACAAUGUAGAUUGUGUGUUUGUCUGUCUGUCUUCCUGUCCAUCUGUCCCUCCGCAGCAUCGUCCCUGGAGGACGCUGAGAGACACUUGAGGAGUAAUGGCACUCAACAGACUAACCACACUGAGCACAUCUUACGAAAAAAUGGACAGAUGGAAAGACGGCAGCAUGUGGGAGAUGGACACACAGACCUCUGGCAGUUUGGGAACAACAACAACAGAAAAUAGUCAUAAACCAGUGGAUCUUUUUUUAUUUAAAAGAGGAUAAUUACUGUAAAUGGAAUGAAGCAGGUGUGGUUUAUGGGGCAAUGCAGGGAAUAAAAGGAUGCACAGCUGUCUGAAUACAAACACUGAAUUAUAUGUAUGUUUGAUCUUUAUAAGACUAUUAUCCCAGUUCCGGCGAACUCAGCUGAACAGAUGUUUGUUGCAGCUUUUGAAGCAACUAGAGUGAAAUGAGGAAGCCUGUGUAAAUGGUCAUGGAGUGCUGUAAUAUUUUUCAGUGUAAUUUCCAUCUGCCACAUCUGUACUGGACUAUCGAUUCCCACAGACGUUCAUUUCAGGGUGUUCCAUGUUCUUUUAUCUUAUAAUAGAGACCAAUGGGCAGUCGCUGAAUUCUGUGAAUAAAUGUUAAUAAACAUA